AGGCUGGAAUCACGACACGUACCCGACGGCCAAGGAAACCCCAGCACCAGCUCACAAAGGAGCGAUAUGCCAGAAACCUGUAACGACUAAAACACAGGCACAUGAAUCUGCAAUGUUCAUUUGAUUACAAGCACAAAAUUGUCCAAACACAGAAAAACUCCUGGUGAAGCAACUGAGACCCGUGUGACACACUAUUAUAAUGAUGGCGUUUAUUAAAGAGGAGCGUGAAGACUUCAGGAUUGAAGAAGUUUUCAGUCUGAAACAAGAAGAUACUGAAGAACAAAUAGACUUGAUGGCGCUGAAAGAGCAGAGUGAAGAUCUGAAUGAAAACGAAGAGAAAGAUCUGAUUGAGAAACAUCAUGAUUUCAUAACUGAAGGAAAAUCUUUUAGUUGUUCACAGACUGAAAAGACUUACUCGCAAAAAAGCGCUCAAAAUGCUGAUACAAAAACUCAUUUCGUUUGCCAACAGUGUGGAAAGAGUUUCAAUAAAAAAAGAAACCUUAAAGACCACAUGAGAAUUCACACCGGAGAGAGGCCUUUCACCUGCCAACAGUGUGGAAAGAGCUUUGCACGGAAAAGCAGUCUCAAGAUUCACUUGAGAACUCACACUGGAGAGAGGCCAUUUGCAUGUAGUCAGUGUGGAAAGAGUUUCACACAUAAAGAAACCUUUUAUACUCACAUGAGUCUUCACACUGGAGGAAGCCCUUACACCUGCAAACUCUGUGGAAUAGCCUUGAAACGAAAAGGAAAUCUUAAGACUCACAUGAGAAUUCACACUGGAGAGAAGCCUUUUACAUGUGAUCAGUGUAAAAAAUGUUUCACUCGUAAAGGAAGCCUUAAUAAGCACAUGAGGAUUCAUUUCAGAGAGAGCUGUUUUAUAUGUCAUCUGUGUAAAAUGGGUUUCAAAGACAUGAAACGCCUUAAAAAGCACAUAAUAACUCACAUCGGACAGAAGCCUUUUUUGUGUCAUCGGUGUGGAAAGACUUUCACACAUGAAGGAAACCUCAAGAGUCACAUGAGAAUUCACACUGGAGAGAAGCCUUUCACCUGCCAACAGUGUGGAGUAAGCUUCACUGAAAAAAGAAGCCUUACAGACCACAUGAGAGUUCACACCGGAGAGAAGCCUUUUACCUGCCAACAGUGUGGAAAAAGUUUCACUCGGAAAGGAAGCCUUAAAGUCCACAUGAGAAUUCACAACAGAGAGAAGCCUUUCUCCUGCCCUCUGUGUGAAAAGAGUUUCAGACAUAAAAGAACCCUUAAUAUCCACACGAGAGUUCACACUAGAGAAAGGCCUUUCCCAUGUCUUCAGUGUGAAAAGAGAUACACAAAAGAAAUAGAUCUGGAAAGACAUAUGCAGUCUCAUUCUAGCAAGAAAUUGCCAGAAUGCUCCGAGUGUGGCAAGAUGUUUUAAAAAAAAAAG